CCGGAUGCUUGAAGGCAGCAAGAGUAGCCUUGGAUUUGGGUGGCUGGAAUCACUGAUGAUCUUCCUGGCUUUCCUCAAACACUGCCUGGUGUAGAUGUCCUCUCUUACAAGUUCUCUUUUACUUGAAACAAGUGGAGGCUUGGACCCAGAAAUAUCAACAUUUUCCUUUCUGUUCUCAUUACUUUUUACUGUAAACCCCCUGUAUUAUCCUUUCAUUUAUUCUGUUGUUUCUACUAUUACACAGUUUUGGCGAAUUUGAUCCUGAAACCAUGUUAAACCAUCUCCUAAACCAAGCAGAAAAACUGGUAAAGAAGAGGAAAAAGAAAAGUUCAGAACGGUUGCCCAUGACUCCUCUGAACAACAUCUCUCUGCCAGCGAAUGGUCAAUAUGGCCCAUUCAAGUUCAUUAAUAUGUGUGUCAUUGAUUCAAUUCUGAUGGCCUUAUAUUGUUGUUAUUUAAAAACAGAUCAGGUUAGAUCGCUUUUUGGCACUCACCAAAUACUGCGAGCAGUUAUGUUUUUUCUAGGUGCUAAAAGGUAUAAUGAGGCCAAAGCAUGUUGGUUUUUGGCACAAAUUGUUUUGUACAAGAGUUCCAAAAUAAUUAUAACUAAAGUGAACAACACUGAUACAGAACAAUUUGAAUUAAAUGCUUGGAGUGAACCAACAGACCAUUUAAACAUAUUUAAUGAACUUGUAUUGGUCAAAUAUCAUUUUGAUGAGGACAGAAAUAGCCCACCUGCAAGUAUUUGUCAAGAGGUUCUCUGUAAAACAAUAAGCUCAUUUGAACACCUCGGAGAUGUGCGUUCCUUGGGUAUAAACGAGUACCAACCUACGCUAAUUUUGGUGGAUAUAAAUAGGCGCAAGGACACACUUCCACGUCUGAUUAUCUUUGAUUGCUACAGCAGGGUCUAUAAACUACAGUUUCUAUUAAUGACGCGAAAAUCAUUUCAAAACCAUGUCAUUGUGGGUUUACUUCUCUCUGAUGGAUGGGCCCUCUAUGAUGAUCUGAAGGCAGACUAUAAAGAUUUUGACCCUAACAGUGCUGACUUUAAAGAGGAUUUCAUCAUUCUCCUGGCUGGCUAUGUCAACAUACCACAAUUACCAUUUGGCAUUGCUGAAGAGGGAGGAUACGGGACCAGAGUUUUCAAACCUUCUCGUCCUUUUGAUAAUCAUCCAAAAGGGCACCUAGACUGACGACUGGACAACAGUUUCUGUCAAAAUAUACCAUUAAUAAAAUUGAUGUACACAUUGA